AUGCCACCAUUUCGGUUCAGAGAAAAUUCAAACUACCGUGGCUCGCGCCCAAAUCCCAAACACGAGUUCGGAUUCCGCUACCGGCCAUCUCCCACUGCACACCGACCGCUGCUGUCUAGAAAGAGAGAAAACACACCGGAAAAUCUACAAGACGAAACUAAGACUAUUCCUCCACUCAAGUUCCCCUCCUUAUCUGCUUUGAACGAUAGUGAAGAGGCCAAAGUGGACACGUUCGCCGAUGCCUCCAACACUGAGCGACCAUGCAAGAAGCGCGCAACAUCUGGCUAUGAGCAUGUUGAUCCUCAAGGUCUACGACCGCAGCCGCUCCGAUGCUUCCAUCAAUUCCGC